ACAAGAAUAUUUUUAGUUUGAGAUAGAAAGUGUCUGCCUACGUUAAGAAGGGACGAUAUAAAAGAGUCUAUCAGAGAAAAGAAGUUCUUCAUUUAGAGUGUGUAGUGCUUAUCAAACGGAGAAGUGAAGCUUUCCAACAGACAUGCGUUUGACACCAAUCAUUGCCUUCGCGGCAAUGUACCUCCUGUGCCAUGUUGCUGCUGAAGAAAACGGAUGGUCUUGGGGCAACAAAGAUGAAUCACCAUCCACAAACCCACAGUUCGAACAACAACCAUCAGCCAGUGAUGUGGUUGAACAAAGCUCUCAAUUUAAUUCGACACAAGCAGAGAAAAUCAUCGACCACAUCCUUGUCUCAAACAGGCAAGGAAGAAACGUGGAUGGCUUUGAUGAAGUCUACAGCGACCCCAAUGUACAAGAUGCUCUCCAAAAGGGUGAUGAUGCUGAAGCGAGGAAUCUUAUAAAGGAUCGGUUAUGUUCCUUAGGUCUCAUGCAAUGUGAGGAAGACAUCCAAGGUAAACGCCCCUACAUCGCCCCAGAAGAACUAAUCUACGCCCAACCAGUCGCAAUCAACCCUGUCGGGCGUCCAAUCCCCACAAUCCCCCUCAAAGUACCAAACCGUGGCACUUAUGGACCCCCCAAACCUGUUCCUUUCCCCCCAGGCCCACCCCCAAGCAAAUUUGGUCCUCCAGGAAAAUACGGACCUCCUCAUAAGCCCCCACGUCGUGGUUACGGCCCUCUACCACCCUCCAAACCAUUCUACGGUCCUCCACACAAACCACCAUUCCUUAGUGAACACGAAAUCUACGAUGGCCCUGAGUUUAUCUCCAAACCGCAUGAUUCUUUUGCUCAACCGAUCGAACCUGAUUCCCCUUAUCAGUUCGAAACCAGUCACCAUCACAAAGAUAAGAAAGUUGAAGUUCACGUGACUGCUCAUGGGGGAACCACCCAAACUAGUGCAAGUCCAGGAGGUGUCCAACAACACGUCCAUCACCAUUUCCACCACAAUGCUGAUGGUGUUGCCUCUAAACCUUCGACUGUUGUGGUCAAUCCGGUCCCAAUUGCAACCACUGCUGCCAUUUCGUCGUCAAAUUUCGGAUCGUCGUUACUUGAGACUGGGGGAUCGACACAUUUCAAACCUUCGGAACUUUUGUCUUCGAGUUUUAACCCUCUUUCGUCAAGUUACCAACCCGGAUUGUCGAGUGGUUUUGGAAGUGGGGGUUUGACGAUUGGAGGAGGGUCGAACUUUGGGGGAUCAUACGGAGGACAGACUAUUGCCAGUUAUGGCGGAUCUUCACACAAUUUGGGGUACUUUGACAAGAUUAAACCUGUCAGUGAGAAUUAUGGAGGCAGUUAUGGUACCACAGUUGGUUCAUAUGGUUCAUCUGGACUUUACAAAAAAGAACUCAAUUUAGGAAGCAAUUCCAUCAAUUCUAAUUUUAUUCAAAGUAGCUACGCUGAUAAAUACCAAGGGUUGGAAUCUGCAAGGGCAGAGAAUUAUGACUGUGUUUGUGUACCAUAUGACCAAUGUCCCAGCCACGACAUAAUUGGACGUAAAGAUGACCUUUAUCUUCCCCUUGAUCCCCGAAAUUUGAAAACCGAUAUUGAAGCUUUAGGAGAGGAGGAAAGGGUUAUUACAGAUGGGAAUGGCACAAUGACGGUUGUACGAGUUCCCAAAGAGGCCAACUUUGAUAAUAACACACAAGUUGAAGAAAAUGCCAACAAAAAUGACACUAAGACGGUCACAAAGCGUGAAGCACAAACAAACGAGGAAAAGACGGACGACAAGGCCAAAAUUGAACCUCGACAAUCGUACGGAACUUAUACCAACAACAACAACAAUAAGAAAGUGAAACCAACUUUCGGAAUUUCGUUUGGUUUACCAAACCAAGGAGGCGGUGGAUAUCCCAUAAAUCCCUACGGUCCUAAUCCCCAUAUUAAUCCCUAUGGUAGUUCUAUAGGUGGUCAAGGAAUCAAUCUCGGAUUGGUUUCCGUCAAUCCUUUGAUCUCACUUCAAGUCACUAAAGACGAUUACGGCGAAAAAAUUCUAAAACCUUUCGUCAAUCUUCACGUGACGCCCAACAAUUACCUUCUUCAUAAAUUCGAAGGGCUUUUCCACUACAAGAAAAAUUUGAUUUUCAACAAACACAAACAUUUCCACUAUCACAAACCGCAUCACCACAAUAUUCACUACUAUCCAACUCAUCAUGCCCAUGGUCCAGAAAUUUACAAGGGUCCUCCAGUUUACCAUCAUGGUCCCUCGGACCAUCACACUUUAGAUUACCCCGGCCCUGAAUAUUCCUACGACCAUGGGCCGACUCAUUUAAGCGAACCACCUUCUUACGACCAUUCGGUGGGACCUGAUGAUUAUCCCCCAAGUCACCCAUACUAUGACCAUGGCUCCUCUUUAUCGUAUUAUGACGACCCCCACAAUUACGGGGGGAGUCAUGGCGGUUACUAUGAUGGCAGUUUUCAUGGCAGAGCACACGACAAUGCCACUAAUUUAGUCGAUGGUAACAGCCUUUUACAUCAACUUCAAGAACAGUAUGACAAUGGUCAAAACAUCUAUGCCAAUUCUUUGACCGAUAAUUCCCAAGGUGACGAUUUGUACAAUUCUGAAACACAAAACUCUAACUCCAGACGUGGCAAAAGCCUUAUUUCCACUUCCAACCCUAUUAAAUUCCCCUCCGACAGAAAAAGACGUGACGUUACUAUGACCCAGACAAAAAAAUCUAACACGACGAAGCGUCAGGCCCACUUCGGGCGCCCCUCGACUUGCGGUCCCCGCCACGUGUGCUGUCGAAGACCUCUCCGCCCUCACAUCCCAACCCCCGGCCACCGACAAUGCGGCACUCGCCACUCCCAAGGCAUCAACGGCCGUAUCAAAAACCCUGUUUACGUCGAUGGCGAUAGCGAAUUCGGGGAAUACCCCUGGCAAGUCGCCAUUUUGAAAAAAGACCCCAAGGAAAGUGUCUACGUGUGUGGGGGUACCCUCAUUGACAACUUGCACAUAAUCACGGCCGCCCAUUGCGUCAAGACUUACACAGGAUUCGACCUGAGGGUGCGUCUAGGUGAAUGGGACGUCAAUCACGAUGUGGAGUUCUACCCAUACAUCGAACGCGAAAUUACCUCAGUGAACGUCCAUCCCGAGUUCUACGCUGGGACUUUGUACAACGAUUUGGCCAUUUUGCGGAUGGACAAACCCGUUGACUUUGCUAAGCACCCCCAUAUCAGCCCCGCGUGUCUCCCGAGUCUUCAUGACGACUACACUGGGAGCAGGUGUUGGACCACUGGUUGGGGUAAAGACGCGUUUGGGGACUUUGGGAAGUAUCAGAAUAUUUUGAAAGAGGUUGAUGUCCCUAUUGUCAAUCACGGAUUGUGUGAGCGACAAUUGAAACAGACGAGAUUGGGGUACGACUUUAAAUUGCAUCCUGGAUUUAUCUGCGCUGGGGGAGAGGAAGGCAAAGAUGCGUGUAAAGGGGACGGAGGUGGUCCCAUGGUGUGUGAAAGAGGGGGCACUUGGCAAGUUGUGGGUGUUGUCAGCUGGGGUAUUGGAUGUGGCCAAGUUGGAAUUCCAGGAGUUUAUGUCAAAGUGGCCCAUUAUCUCGACUGGAUUCGACAGGUUACACAGAGAUAUUAGAAGAAUUGUGGAGAAUGGAACAUAAUUUAUAAUUAAUAGUUAUAAGGAUAACUUAUUUUUGUAAUGUUAGUUUAUAGACCUAAUUACCUAGGUCAAUGGUAAUUGCCUAUGUGAUACAUUUGUUUCGAGUAAUUUUAACUAUUUAUAAUAGAAAGGUAACUUUAAAAAAGUUUUGUAAUUCUGAUUUAAAUGAUUGAUUGUAAUUUGAAUAAAAAAAUUAAAUUGUGA